GGUGGCUUUGCUGCGCUGUUAGUGGCCGCGCGCAUUCAACCGCCGCAAAGCUUAUCAUGGAUCGAGCAGGGGUCUGUUUGGGCGCGUCUGACGGAAUACGAGAAAAAGUCACACCUUGUUUGCAGGCUGUGCUGUGCUACUGCCACCACCACAAAACCACCGUUGCCCCCCCGGCCUGUCCCUUUUUCCUUCUUUUCUUCUUCUCAAGACUACUUUAUUUUAUUCUUCGUUUCCAUCGCAAGCAAGCGUAUUGUUUCCUUUUAUUUUAUUGACUGGUUACGACCUCGUCCUCUCGUUUUUUAUUUUUGUUUCGGAUCUCGGCAGCCCGUGUUUUCUUUUUUUCGACUUCGCCUUACUAGCUUGCGUACGUACACGUUGGCGUUGUGCUGCGUGAAAAGAGACGACACGACCAACGACCCGAAAACAAACACUUUGAUUCGAUUUUUCCUCUUUCUUCUGCUACAACUAUUACAACCUUUUUAAUACAUCGCCAUGCACGCGACGCAUCUGCUCCAGUUCCUCUUCGUGCUCUCGGCCGCCGCCCACGUCGGCUCCGUGCCUCGAGAUGAUAACUCUCACGCCCUCAUGAAGCGCCAGGACGGCGGCAAGGCAAACCCACUAUCUGGCCUGCUCAACCCAUCGGCCCCCGAUUCGAAAACGAGCGUCUCGCCUCCCGCAUCCUCCAGCUCGUCCAAGCCCGCCCCGCCAUCCACCUCCUCCGAAGUCCCUGUGUCCUCGUCCUCCGUUCCCGCUCCUCCUAGCUCCAGCUCUCCCGCUCCCUCGCCUACACAGCCUCCCAACAACACACCGUCGUCCGCCUCUCCUCCUCCCGUCUCCAACAAGCCGGCUUCCAACACACCCGCGCCUGGCCAGCCGACGCCGUCAAGCGACCCUACCAAGGCCAGCGAGUCGAGCGCCGCUUCAACCACAGGCAGCAGCACCCCUGGCGAUAACAGCAACAGCAGCUCGCCCGGCAUGUCGGAUACCACGAAGAAGACGAUUAUUGGUGUUGUCGUGGGCAUUGGCGGUGCUAUUGUGCUGGGUGCACUGGCUGUCGUGGCGUGGCGCGUUUGGGGCCGUCGCAAGCAGACGGAAGAGAGCGAUGGCUUGAUGGACUAUGAUAUGAGCGCUGGCGGCUUCGAGAAGCAGGACCUCUCGUACGCGGGCGCUGGUCAGCAGGCCUCGCAGCAGCAGCACCAGACGCCGUUUAAGUCGACGCUGGAGGACUACCAUAAGCCUGGCCAGGUGACUGCCUCGUCCAAUUUCUAAGAUUUCCUGCGGGAAGAGAAUUUAUAUGGGCUUGAUGCAGUGAAGCAGGAGAGAAAGAGAAACGCAUAUUGUUCUAUACUGUCUUUGAUUUCUUUCUUUUUUUCUGAUUUGUUUGUUGCCUAGAUGGAAAUACCACCGAGGAGGAAGCGAGACGGGAGACACACGCCGUGAGAAAAACGGCUCUGGAAUAUCCGUUGGCCAAUAAUACCAGUUUGAUAUAGCUUUUGAUACUGCUGUACUUUUAAUACUAUACUAUCCAAGAACCGAAGUCUUCUAUAUAUCGCCUGUAUAGCCUCUCCUUGUAACAUGUGUGUGUCGUCACUGCAACUUUAGGUCUCUGUGAAUUUAUG